AUGGUUCCUCAAGGUCAACAUAGAGGUAGAUUUAAUGCAUCAUCUCAAGUAGAAAUGGCAGUAGUAAUGAUUGGAGAAGAAUAUGGAAAUCGCGAUAUAAUUUUAUCUAGAAAAGACGAAAAGUUACAACGAAUAAGUGAAACUCAUAGGUCUUAUGAUUCUCUAGAAUAUCCACUGAUAUUUCUACACGGUGAAGAUGGUUAUGCUAUUGAUAUUUUGUCAUUUAAUGUUAAUUUAAAUGAAUACAAUAGUCAUAAAACUGUUUCUUCAAAACAGUUUUAUGCUAAUAGACUGAUGGUGAGGCACCUAAUCAUAUCUACAAUCAUUUACAUAAUUAUAGAAAACUUAUUAAUAAAUAUUGGGUUGAUAUGUAUCCCAAAAUAG